UCUCAGUGUUGCACCUCCUGCUAAUGGUGCAGGAGCACAGGACAUAACCUGUUCUUUUUUUUCCUUUUAUUUGCAAUUUUCCCUCCAUUUUAAAAAUAUUUCUCCGUUGCUUUCUAUUUUGUCUAGAUUUUGAACACCUCAGGAGUUCCUUGUGUCUCUGGGCUGACAAAAGAUGCUAAUAGGAGCUUUAAAGACAAUUAAUUGCCUGUGAAAUAUUCAAUUUUCUGAAACUUUCAGCUGAUUUUGACCUCGCUGUCUUUCCAAAAGGAGUUUUUGUACUUUUUCUACCUGCUCUCAUCGUUUAUUUUGGUCUGGUUUGUCAGUGAACUCCACAUUUUUAAAAACAGUGGCCAUGCUGGACACCAGCCCAUGCCUACACAUUGACUCCACCCCUUUUGGAUCACCACCUAUCAGCAGCAGCGUAGAGAAACAAGGGAUCCAACUUGAUCUGGAGAGACGAGCCUGCCAGAGUCUCAGAGAAGUGCUCCAGCUGAAACUUCAGCAGAGACGCACUCAGGAGGAACUGGUCAGCCAGGGGAUCAUGCCACCGCUGAAGAGUCCUGCUGCCUUCCAUGAACAGAGACACAGUUUAGAGAGAGCUAGGACAGAGGACUAUCUGAAGCGCAAGAUCCGCAGUCGUCCCACUCGCUCUGAGCUGGUCAGGAUGCACAUUCUGGAGGAGACGUGUGCAGAGGCGUCCCUGCAGGCAAAGCAGCUGAUGCUGAAGAAAGCACGUCUGGCUGAUGAUCUGAAUGAUAAACUGUCACAGAGACCCGGGCCUAUGGAGCUAAUAGAGAAAAACAUCAUAGCAGUAGACAGCAGCAUCAAACAGGCUAUUUUAGAAGCAAGAAACUCAUCGUGUGAUGAGGACAGCAGCGAUGCUUUGUCUCCUGAUCAGCUUGUCAAUCAGGAUUCCACCAAUCAAAACUCUCCUCUUGGCUCCGCCCCUCCAUCUGCCUCACCUGUUGCACCUGCCGGCGACCCAUCACCUGCACAGGCCCCCCCCCCUCCCCCACCUCCUCCAUUACCAGUGACUACUGCUCCUCCCUCUCAGCAGAAACUAACCAAUGGGACAGCAGCCCAGAAACCUGCCGCUGGACAAAUAAAGGGCGGUAAAGCUGCUGCUGACCGCAGUAAAAAGCAGAGGGACGGUAAGCCAAAGGUGAGAAAGCUGAACUUUCAUCAGUACAUCCCUCCAGAUCAGAAAACAGAGCGCGAGCCCCCGCAACCGUUAGACUCCAGCAACUCCAGACUUCUCCACCAACAGCAGCUUUUCCUACAGCUGCAAAUCAUCAGCCAACAGCAUUCAAACUAUCCAGCCAUCCUCCCAGCCCCGCCCAGGCCUCCAGGGGAGCAACAGGGCUCUUCUACAAGUGGCUCAUCAUCAACAAAGAAAGCCCCACCCCCUCAACCACCAUCCACCAAUACUAACAGCCCGAGUCAUCACAACCUUAUAUCAAUCCCUCUACCACCCUUGCCCCCCAAGCUGGAUGAGCUAAAGGUGGCAGAGCUGAAGCAGGAACUCAAAAUCCGUGGCCUCACUGUCUCUGGGACCAAAAACGACCUUAUAGAGCGUCUAAAGAACUUCCAUGAACAGAAUGGGGGCAAUGAUCCCCCCAACAAUACAGUGGGCCCUAGUGUGCCUGCAGCCUCUAACACCAGCACGUCCCAGCCACCACAGCAGCAACAACUGACUGUCCAACCCUCAGCAUCUACCGCAAUUCUGCAUCAAUCAGGACACACUGGCAUGGUGGUGGCAACUCUCCCAUUGGUCGCAACUGUGGGAGGGGGUGGAGCUCCACCUGCAGUUCAGCCUCAACUGAUGCAAUUUGGGAGUUGCAGCCCCACCUCUCCUCUGUCGCCCACCCACUCGGAGCACUCAUUUGCUGGAACGAGCCCAGAUGACCACACCUGUAAUGGAGAUGCAUUUGGGGAAAUGGUGAGUUCUCCUCUAACUCAGCUCUCCCUCCAGCCCUCACCCCCCACCCCGCCCACCAUCCACAUUAUAGAUGAAUCACCUCCAGCCCUGCCCCCAGCAGCCCGCUGUCCCUCCCACCCCUUCCUGGCCACAGCACCCCCUGUGGAUAAGGACUGGAUGCUGCAGGAGAAAGACCGGCGCAUUGCAGAGCUGACCCGCAUGCUGCAGCAGAAACAGCGGCUGGUGGAGAGAUUGCGCUCACAGCUGCAGGACCAGCAGACAGGGUGCGUGGCCUUCACACCACACCAACUAAUCAAAGUGAAGGAGGAGCCUCAGGACAUCCCCAUGGAGGAGGUGGAGGAGAUACAGACCGAGCAAACACAGCAGCAGCUGCAGCCGCAGCAGCAGAAGGUCUUAGAGGAACUCAUCCUGCAGCAGAACCAGCUCAACCUGCGCAAACAAACACAACACAGGCGCAAAAAACCACACAAACAGCAACCCAGUCAGACACUCAGCAAACAGCAGCAACAACAGCAGCAGCAGCAGCAGCAACAGCACAACUCUCAGCAGGUGUCUCAGGUGUUCAUCAAUCAGCAAUCAGGUGCCCCCUCCUCCUUCCCGAGGGGCGGCCUUAAACCUAACUCUUCCCAAACUCUGCUGACGGACAGCAACGGCAACCACUUCCUGCUAAAGCUGACCAAUCACAACACAAAUAACCAAGCCAGCAACAGUCCCCAGAACAAAGUGACUAAUCGGGUCACUCCACAGAGACAAAAGUCCACACCCAGCAAGUUACCCAGCCAGUCAGCACCUCAGAUGCCUAACAGUGACGUCCAGUCAAAACAGCAGACGAUCUGUAAACAGCCACUAAAAAAGGCGCUGAAACCUGAGAAACAUGGGUCGACCAAUCACAUGAAAGCACGCUCAUCGUCAUUCUGCACAUCGUCCAAAGUGCAACCGUUUUUCACCAUGGAGUCAGUUAGCAAUCCAGGCCACUCUUCUUCCAAUCACAUGGACGAGAUGUGUUUGGGUGUAGAUCAGCACGUUCUGUUUACUCCUCCUUCACCUAAAGUAAACACAACUCCAACUUCACGCCGAAAGCCUGUCCACCAGGACGAGACGUAUUUGGGUAUAGAUCAGCAUGUUCUGUUUACUCCUCCUUCACCUAAAGUAAAUACAACUCCAACUUCACGCCGAAAGAAGAGUGGACGCACUCAGAAGAUUGACAACCUGUUUGACAUCCUGGUGCAGAGUGGUGAAAUCUCAGUGAAUUUCAAACCUACUCCGGACCCUGCUCUGUCCCGCAUCUGUGCGAACAGCCCACCUAUUUCCCCAAGCCCCUCCCCUCUCCAUCUCUCUCCACCCACUCCUUCCAUUCCUGACACACCCCUUGGAGCUUCAUUACCAUCAGAAGAGCCUCCAUUUCAGGAGGAAUUUAAUAGCUGCAGCACAAUUAAUGGGCGUCUGGAGGAUUUCCUAGAAAGCACCACUGGAAAACCCCUUUUGGGGGUGGAGCCUGGAGGUCAUGUGACUUUGAUCGACGAACUCCACAGCCAGUUACUGAGUACGCCCAGCAUCCUGGACCAUCCUUCAUCUCCCAUGGACACAUACGAAUUUGGACUGACCUCCAGUCGCACUGGGUUGGAGCUGGCUGAAUCUGCUCUGGACAGCAUGGACUGGCUGGACCUGGGCAUUGGCGGGUCAAUAGGAGACGGGCCGGUUACGAUGUCCUUGAAUGGACAUGCACCCACCAGUGUGUUUUCCACUGACUUUCUGGACAGCUCGGACCUUCAUUUGCACUGGGACUGUUGAGAGCCAGUGAAGACUCACACACGUACUCACAUAUACACACACCUAAAGAGACAGUUUGGGCAAAACUGUGAUAGUUAAAGCGAUAGUUUGGCCAAAAAUCAAAUUCACAGUUUUUUUCUUACUCAAAAUGUGGUCAAUUAGCCAAGACAUAUUUGGUAUCUGAAGUUCAUUUAGCUUUGUUCUAGAGCUACUAGGAUAAUCCAGCUAACAAGUCAUUAAAUAGCUUAUAUUCCACCAAUUAGCAGUACUGGUGGACUGCAUUCUUAAAUCAACUCAAAAGUAGAGACUAAUUCAGGCUUAAUUAUUUUGCCCACCUCUAAAAUGUCCUAAACUUCCUAAACCUAUCAUCAAGCAAAAUGCUCUGCAAUCUCAGAGACCCUCCUGAGUCCAUACAUAAGAUCCAUACAUAUUUGGAUUUAUGUGAUAAUAUGAAUAUGCGUUAAAAGUGGAGACUUAAUUUGAGGGUAUUUACAUCUAAAUUGGGUGAAUGGUGUAGGAUUUACAACCAUUUUCAUAUACAGCCCCCCCCCCACCCACGUUUUUAGGAGCUUAAAUGUAAUUGAACAGAACACAAUCAUAAAUUAAAUUGUCAUUUUUCAUACUUGGUUGCAGAUCUUUUGCAGUAAUCAACUUUUUGAGAUCUGAAUCCCAUCACCAGACAUUAAGCUUCUGCCCUGGUGAUACUCUGCCAGGCCUUUACUGCAGCUGUCUUUGGUUCCUGCUUGUUCUUGGGACAUUUAAUUUUCUGUCUGCACUGUGAAGUAUCAUCCAAUUAGUUUUGAAGCAUUUGGCCGAAUCUGAGCAGAUACUAUAGCUCUAGUCUUCAGAAUUCCUUGUGCUGCUUUUGACAGCAGUCACAUCAUCAAUAAAUACAAGGAAACCAGUUUGACCGUACUUCCCCAGCCAUAACACUACCUCCACCAUGCUUCACAGAUGAGAUGGUAUGCUUUGGAUCAUGAGCAGUUGCUUUACAGGCUUUACGGAAGGAGAAUGUGUCAUAAUCUCAGAUUUACAUUAUUUAACAACUCACCAUGGUUUGAGACAAGUGUGAGAUGAUUUAGGCAUGGAGUUUGCAUGAUGCCAGUUGGUAAACAUGAGCUUCUAUAGUUCCAGAACUAAAGAAGCAAACUUCAGACAUCAAACAUGUCUUGGACUGACUUGUUUUGAGGUAAGAGCAAAAUUGUGUAAAUUAUUAAAAUUAUUAAUUUUCAGUGAACUCCUUCAAAAGACACAGUUGUGAAUGUGUAAUUUAAAUUGGUGCCUUGCUAAUCCCAUGUAGACAGGCUGCGAUGUGUCAUUUUGAGCUUUAUAGCCUUUCUGUUGCAAGUUAAAGGUGGAUUAGAGGCUCUUUUCUAUUGAAUACAUUGAGUUUAGAAUCUGACCUACAUUUGACCCGGCUGAGAGUGACUCAGUAUACUGAGAGAGCUGUGUGUUUAUGAUAGGCAUCGCUCUAUUAGAGUGUUUCUACAGUACGAGAGCUUGUGUCUGACACCGGCGCACACUCUCUGUCCAUUUCAGUUAAAGUCUUUAAUAUAUUGUUCACAUGUAGAGGUGGGUAAUAUGAAUCACCACAUUUUGUUCUUCUGAUAAAUUGGAACACAAAAAAACCUGUGGUGACACAUUUUAAGGGCCGAUAUCAUGAGGAAAUGAAUGUAAUAUGUACAGACUGUUUAACGGCUCAUGCCCAACAUUUUUCUUCUAUUUAAUUUUUUCCUUCAGUUCCACUUGUAAUAUUUGAGUGGUUUUAUGUACCAAAAUGGUCUUAAUUUAUUUUUACAUGACCAUUUUCCAACCUCUCUUGAUCCCUUAGUGUUAAACAUGCUGUUGGUCAGGUUUCCAAAGUACUGAUGAUAUCCAUGAUGUGCUCAGGAAAGCAUAUUGUGAUAUAAUUUAUCACAAUAAUAAUAAAUAUCAUAUUGCCCACCACUA